AUGAAUAGUAAUUCAGAUGUUAGAUGCUUAAUUGGAUUGGAAAAUAUCUAUCCGACAGAAUAUACUGGUUUUCCAGUGGUAGCAAGUACUUUAAGGAUCAUAUUGCUUGUCGGAUCGAUCAUGCUAUUCUUUCUCAGUUGCUGGUACUUUCAUGGCCACGAUUCCUUGGCCUUUUUCACUUUUCAGUCAGAUAAGAGUCCAAAUCGCAAUGAAACAAAUGAUGAUCGGUUGAGCAAAAUCAAAAAAAGAAUGAUAUUCAUGACAAAAGUAAUAUUGUUUAUAAUAUGCUGUUAUGCUGUUACUCCUUACUCGAACAAUCCAAAACAAAGAGAAUAUAAGCACACUUAUUCUGAUCUCAAAUUUUUAUAUUUUACGAAUCAAUCCCUGUACUUCACCGUUCUAACCGUGGCUGUUGGUUUCAUAUACAGACUCAAGCCUAGAUUGUUUAAACUCUACAACACACUCCUUCCAGUUGCACUUACUUUCGAAAUUGUUGUCACGGGGGUGUUUUGGAGUCCUUUAUUUCGUUGA